AUGGAGCAGCGGUAUUUACCGGCGAAUUCUCAUUUUCUCAUCCCAGGGACGGCAGAAAAUAGCAAGUCACCGAGAAAUGGUGGAUUAGUGGCUCAGUUAGAGAACGAUUGGGAUGUGUGGCUGCCUAUGCUACCUCAAUUGGACGAAUUUCCAUGGACACUACAAGACAUUUCAAAAGUUCUUCGCCUCGGUAGAACACGGGAACAUUUUCGCGCCAUUUCUCCACAAGCCGUGGAACGCGUGUCGUUUCUAUUACAGCGACCUCUGCUGCGAAUCGUGCGGGAAGCGAAACGACUUUCCGUGCGGUAUUCGAAAUGUUCUAAGCACGAGAUCCAAACUAGUAUUCGCUUGGUUCUUUCACUGUCCAUGGCUAGGACGUGUGUGACACUUGCGUCCAAAGCAUUUUCUCUGUAUUCUAUGUCCAGCGAUAGAUUUCGCCGGUCUAAAAGAACCCGCUGCGGUUUGAUUCUUCCAGUGGGUAAGAUGUUUCGCUGGCUGGUCAACAUGAAAGUAGCCGCUCGUAUCUAUGACGCGGCAGCAAUUUACCUGAGCGCUACGUUAGAAUACAUCGCUGAAGAGCUUGUCUAUAGAGCUGUCAACAAUCUGGGUAAUCUUUGUUAUCUGCUCAUUAAUCAUGCUAAUACACAGUAGAAAUGAUAAUUAUGUUUACCCAUGCUGCUUUUGAUGGUAAACUUUGACCACGUCCGCCUUGACCGUUUGUGUUUGUAAAUUUAAAUUUUAAUGCCAUCACGGCCACUGUACAGUCGUGAACAAAACGAACAGAACAGAACUACUCCCAGGGAGCACGGGUUUGAAAACCAAUAACUACAAUAUCAGUCAGAAUCUCCAAAGUAGCAUUUUUUUAUCGUUAAAAAUGCGAAAAUUAUCUCGAGAAGCGCUUCACCUACUCCAUCUCUUGGAGAUAAUUCUGCCUGGCUCCCAGUGGGGUCUAUUUCUGAUAAUGUAAUGCUUUACUAGGGAAAAAAAUCCAUUUUAGGUGCGAUGUGUGUUAAAAAGCGAAAAGCUCGAUUUUGUCGCAAAUCUCACCCGAGAUUAUUUCUUCAUCUAUGAGUCAUGUAUAUUCUCGUGUGGACAGCACACACGAUCAGAUUUCUAACCACAUGCGUUACAAAAUCCUCAACCUCUUUUUAAGACUGCUUUUUCUUCGUAGUGCAGUUGUUCAAUGGAGCGUAGCUGAUAUACAGCUUGUCGUGCAUGGAAACAUGUUUUAUGCGUCUACUAAAAAAGGGGAGAAGGUUUAGUCGAAAGAGAAAUAAAACGUCAUUGAUAUAUUUUUCAAAUGAUAGAAUCUUUUAUAGAUCUAAAGGUUUUGUUUAAGAAUACUGGGUUAUUUACACUUAAUUAAGGUACAAAACAGAAAAGAUACCAUGGCAGUUUAUUCCAAAGCGGCUAUGUAUAAAUUUUGUGGUCAACCCCCAAGCUAGCUCUUAUUAACUUAGACCUGUUCCAUUGAUUUCGGUUUCUUUUAGGGAAACAGUUAAUCUGAUUAGCAAGAGAGCUUAGAUAUUUCUCUCUUUUGUUACCCUUGAGCAAAAAGGAAUGUGAUGUAUGAUUUACUGAGGUUGGACUGAAAAUUUGUAUUGACUUUCUGCCGGUAAUAAUGAAGCGUUCAAAUCAUGAAUAAUCUUUAUCUACCUUGACGGACUGCAAAGAUUACGGGCUUACAAAGAUUAUUCAGUGAAAGUCUGGCUUCAAUAUUAUUUGUGCAGACUGCUCAACGAAUUUUACACAAGGGGUGUGCAUAGAUUUACGUAUAAAUGAUCCUUUAAUAUUCUUUCAAAGAACCUGUUAUUGUAGGAUGAAAUGGAAGCACAAAGACUGCACUUGAAAAAACGUUCAUAUUAUAGGCCAUGAAUUAAGAAUUAGGGAUUGUAACUUAUUCUAAUAAUUGAUCACUAUUGUUUCAGAGGGUAUUGACCAAGUGACUCCCGAAGUACUCGAGGAGUGGGUCAAUACUGAUGGUGAUUUAUGGGGAAUGUUCCAGCCAUAUUAUCAUCUGCUCUCCGGUAGAACAGCAUUUGGUAUCACCGACUCUAUCGAGAUGUACGCUGCGCCAAAGAAAGGUACUUGCUUAUGCUUACUGUAUUUAUUGCAGGAGCUAGCAUUAUCAGUUUAAUUUUUUCCUGCCGUAAGCACAAACCCUUGUGACUUUUUCAGAUUUCCGUCAGAGGAGUUUGCUACCGUUAAACUUUCAUGGGUGUUAAUUUUUUUGUCUCAGCUCUAAGCAGCCCGAAAACAGGUUCACCAAGGCGGAGGGGAUUGGACAAAUGCAUGACGACUGCCUGUGUCACAUCAGUGGCUGAAUUGACUGAGCUGGUACACCAGGCUCGACAGCGUUUCUCAGAUGCGUACCAAAGCAAAGAUAACAAAUUUAUGUCACAAGUGGACUGGGCAACCAAUGCACUGCACACUUUGUCUUAUUUCAUGAAGUGCUCCCAUCAAAUUGAUGAGGACAUUUCGGACAUUUUGGCAGCUACGAGACGGUAGGUCUAUCCCAGAGUUUAACUGACUGAAUGACUGAUAUCUGGCAAUGAGUUACGUGCUGAUCGACCAGCGAAUGAAUGGUCGAUUGACUGUCUGAUGGAACGCCAAAUCGACUGAUUGACGUAUUCGCCAGCUGACUGACGGACAGACUGCAUGAUUGACCUGUUGACGUCCUAACUGGCUAACGGACUGACUGGCUGACCACCUGCAGACUUAGUGAUUGAUUGAGUGACUUGCUGACUGAUUGCUGACUGACUGACUGACUGACGAGCUGAGUUACCAGCUGACUUAUAGACUGAUUAACGGAAUGACUGACAGACUCACUGACUUCCACAUGUACGAGUACUUGGUCGAUCAGACAGGCAAACAGACAGAGAGCAUAAUUAAAGACUGGCUUACUGACCUCUAAAUUACCAACUGCUAAACAGGUGUAUCUUCUGUUUGCAGUGCACAUUCCCAUCUUCCUCCGCUGGUAGAGUGGCUGAGAGUAGCGAGCCUGCACGUCGAACACCGUGGGAGCAGUAUCGUCGAUGACGAUGACGUCAGACAGGCAGCCAGAUUGCUACUGCCCUUUAACGACUGUGAGCCUCGAGCUUUGUGGUACAUUCCCUCUUCUUAAUUUUUUUCCUUCUUUUACCAAUUUCAAAGAAAUUUUAGCAUCAAGAAAAUGAUCGCGAUUUACACGAUUUUGGUCAAAGGAAUUAAGUAAAGGGGAAAGUUAAAAGCUAGGAACGACUCCAUUUUAGGUGACUCCAAAUUUUGUUCAUGUCUUGACUUUACAAUGAAUAAAUUUUAAGGCAAACAUAGAAAAAUAUGAUAAAAACGCUGAAUAUAUGAUGAAACUAAGAUGUAAUUAAGUUAAUAAUUAAUUUUUUAACUCAAAAAUUGGUCAUCUUCUAAUUUAAUGAUAGAUGUAUCAUGUAUUUUGCUUUGUACUGCUACUUUUGGGCCAAACGAUACACGCUUAGUACUAUUUCUCUAAUUGAGGACAACGUCCAGGCUUGUAAUAUUUGUAAAGCAUUUUAAAACAUUCCCAUCUCACCGGCUAUUUAAUUUUAUUUCAUGCUCCACCUCUUCACUUAUAUUCACAAUUAAGUAACCAUUUGGCUGUCUAAUAGGAAGUUUUAUCUGAUCAUAUUUGAUUGUUAAGCCCCACAGAUUCGUUGACCGUCUCUAGUUCCCUGUCCCCCACAACCGCAGCUGUUAGCUUUCAGCAAGACCUGGGCUUGCGCCUGCUCUUAAGCGGAAAAGUCGACGUAAUACCGCAGGCUCUUGUAAUGUUAGGACCUGAGAAAGCCAACACUAUCAAUUUACAGGUACGUCCCACGGGCGAAUAAUUAUUCUUUCUUAUUUCUUCAACUAUAAGCUCGCAUAUGACAUGCGUCUUUAAAAUCGCAAGGGUCAGCUGUGUUUAUAUUCCGUGUUAGGCGAAAGCAAAAGAGGAAUGUCACAUCACAUCCUUAAUCUUUGAAUAGCGUAACGUUCCUGACAAAUUCGAAAGCAAUCCGGAAUUUCUCUAGUUUUGCUUUCCUACGCCCCAUGAUUGGUCGAAACCUGCAACACCAGCUCAGCCAAUCAGAGGCAAAGCUUAAACCGAUUGCGACCUGAUUGCUAACAGUUUCACGCGUGGUUUCACUUCGAGUUUUUAUGGGUUUCUUUUUUAAGACAUCAUCCCUUGCGCUUGCCUCUAUAGUUGGUUGUGAGCACUUUGGGUCUGGCUUCACAACACUCAACUUAUUACUGAACGAUUCAAUGGAACCACGAUGCUUUGUAACUGUGCAAUUUUGAUCUCACUAGGGAAUGACGCCGCUGAUGUACGCAUGCGCUUACGGUAACGAGGCUCUUGUCAAGAGGCUGAUAGAGUGCCACGCGUUACUAGACACCCAGGUGGGACUUGCUGAAUAUUUGCUUAAGAUCUGUUUCUUCUUUUCGAUGGCUUAUGAAACAAGACGCUUUUUUCAUGGUGUUGAAAUUGAAUAGAAGACAGUCUUCGAGGGAUUGGACCAUUGAAAUUCAAAGUGUCCUGUGCCAGACAUGUCCCAGUUAAGUUACGGUUUUGUGUGAAGUAGUCAUUAAAAUAAUAUUUUUAAGAAUAACUGUGGCAACUCUCAAGCGCUAUUGGUCGAUAAACAUGAUCAUGAGCCCUCUGCACCCUUAAAUCAUUAUGCAUAUUCUCCAUAUUUUUCUCUAGACAUCUUCUAAGAUACUGUUACGGAGAACUGGUUUAACAAUCAAGAACUUCUUUAGUUUAUCAUUUCCUUUAUUCUCAUGACCUUAAUGUGUUAUUUUAGGGGUGAUAUUGUAAGGAGAAAUUAUUCAGGGGUUGAAGGGUUAAGGGUCAAGGUUACAGACAACGUAAAUGAAGUGAUAUCACGCCACAAGAGGACGGGCUAAAAAUUUCGGCGUUUUGUAAGCAACAUGUAUGAAUCUAAAAUCUAUAUUUUUCCCCUUUCUAAGGUUCCAAACAACAAACAAAUCUAUCCACUCGUAAACUUGGAGCUCAUCUCCUGGACCGCACUGUCUUUUGCGGCCAUGAAAGGUCACGUGAACGUGUGUCAGGUGAGAUGUACAUGUCAUGGAAGGAGAAAUAUCACUAAUGUCGUAAAAAUGCGAGGAGGUGAAGGGAGUUAGGGAGGAAGGGCUUUGGGCUUUGGGCUUUAACCCCUCCCCUCCCUUUUCCCCCCUCCCUCUCCCCCCCUCUCCCAUCAGGAGCCUUGCAAGUUUUACCGCAGCCAAGGAAUAAUGAGGGUUUACAUGUACAAUUAAAUGUUAUUCAAAGAAAAUAAAGCCCCUUGGAAGCUAAGCCUAUGGCUGGGCGAAAUCUCUUAAAACUUAUAUCACUGAAAUCUUGAUACACUUUCCCGAAAUAUCUUUGACAGCCGAACUAAAUGUCGCAUUAUUAAAACAUAGUUUUGCCUCUUAUCAUUUCUGCAACUUACCUAAAUGUAUCAAAUCUGUCCACAAUGUUGGUCCCAGAAAGAAAGAUGAGGUUACAUUCGAAUUCCUCUCCCUCUUUUACCUCGCAUUGUUUUUUUUUUUUUAGUUUUCUCGCUCCCAGAUCAGUUUUGGCAGUUGAUAAAGUCUGUUGGUCCUUUUUGUGUGCCCAUGCGCAUACGGCCUUAGCCAGAAAGUGCCAUUGAUUUCUGUCGGUUGCCGGUCGGUCAAGCUGCCCCCAUGUCUAGCCUCUGUCAUUUUUUUCCCUUUCUACGGUUCUCCUCCAAGGCCGGGUUGUUCGAAAGAGGGUUAACAUUAAUCGAGGAUUAACAGUGAACCUUGGCUCUAAUUUUUAGAAGUUAGCGCGUUUAAGAGCUACGGGUUUGUUGGGUUUUAUCUCAAUAUGACUUGAUAUUAACAGGAAAAAAUAAAAAAUAAAAAUCUCCUAUUUGCAAAGCUAUUAAACCCAAUUGAAAAUUUACACUAAUCCCGUGUUAGGUCAAUCGUGUUUUUGAGCAACCCGGCCCAAGUUUUCUUUGGGCUGGACUCUCAAGUCUGUCACCCACUUUUGUAUUCCACCUCUUAAAUCAAGACAAAACAUUAUCCCUUAAUCAUCAACAGCUAUUGUUAGACGCUGGAGCAAAUCCAAACGGAGCUAUGAAUCAUGGGAAAGAAAACCAAGUGGAGACUCCAUUACAGUUGGCUGCCGCAACAGGUAACGUAUCUGACGUCAUGUCACGUGCGUAUUGAUCUCUGACGUAUUCCAAAUAGUUCUUGUAUGAUAAUCCGCGGGUGAGUGUGUCUGCGUCUGAUUGAUGUAACUGCCUGAAAUCCUGCCAAUACUUGUUCCUCUCCGAUCUAUUUUUUUUUCGUUCGUAACACUUUACACGUAACAUCAGUAUGCAUAUCCUCCACAUUGUUUUCAUACAUACUUUAAGGUGCUGACAAGGAGAAUUUCUUGAACAGUCAAGAGCUUCUUUAGUCGGUGAUCAGUUCCUUUAUUCUUGUGACGUUAAUGUGUGAUUUUGGAUGAUAUUAUAAGGAGAAAUUAGAUGCUAAUCACUCUUAGAGGUCAAUGAGUUAAUUUUCUAAGGCAUAGAAAAUUGUUAUUUUAAUUCCUGAUUGAAUCUAUGGCUUUGAUUAACUUAUCAAUUUUUAGAGACGACCCUUCACUAGAGAAUGGUGGUUGAUAAUUGAACUACACAGAAAAUAUAAGCCAGAAAGCAAUAAAGCCCUCUUAGAAGUAAAGUAAAGACCGUCGCAAGUGGACUGCGAGCUACCUAAGAAAUUGCAGAAAAGAAGCUUGAAAAUAUGCAGGUUUCAAAUUGUUGUUUUCGAGUUUUGAAUUUUUUCAGGCUUCUUUUUUGAAAUUGUUGAAAAUUACAGUCUCCCUGCGAGAAUCAUUUCUUAGCUUGACUUUCACCCGCAGGUUAAAUGAAAUUUAUUUCAUUUUUAAAAUAAUGGGAUUAGCUCUCUUUAUUUGGUAAUCUUACAAAGUUUGAUAUAACCACUUCAUCCCUAAGCAGGAUAAAUAUAAUUUCCAGCUGGAAGAAUUUCAGACGCUUGCAAGCUUAGGGUAGAGCAAUAUUGUAAGUUGUGAGGAUAUUGACGUAAAACUUUCAGUAUAUACGAAUAAUACCAAUUUCAGGUGCAAUUAUGGAGGUUUAUUCAUUUGUUCGUGUUGUUGUUUGGAGCAUUGCUUUGGUUUUCUUUAAUCACCCGAGUUUAAUAGUAGCUUCAUCCGCCCCAGGUAAUUACGAAGUCGUCUCCAUGCUCCUGAGGAAAGCUGCAGAUCCCUAUGUCAGCGUUAACACGUGUUCUUUUAGCCCAGGAUUGCGGGGGUUUGGAAACGCGUAUGCUGCUGCGGCUGCGCAUGGGCUCAAAAACAUCUUGCGGAAACUACUGGCGGAGCCUGGUCCACGACGGGAAAACGACAUGUUGUCACUUACAGAAAUUCUUACCGAGGGUUAGUUUAUAAACGAUUUUAUUUGAAGCUUAAAGCGCCGAAGUAGGAAUAAUUUCUUUUGUGGACGCAAUAUAUAAAAAGAGGCUAAACUACUACCUCGAGUUCGAGCCAAACUGGUAAGGCUCUUGGGAAAAUUGCGCGAAAAUAUUAAUCUUUGUCUUUUACAUUGUGUUACUAUGAUGAUGUUCUGAACUCUGUUUAUCUCUUUCUUUUUUUUUUUUUUUGCCUCGACCCAGGUUCUCUCUUGGAUGAAGAAAACGAAUUAAAAUUAACAAAGAAAAAAAGCAUGGCUCUUGAGGUAUAUGUCCUCUCGAAAUGUUGACUUAACAAGCUGGGUUUUUACCUUUUUGUAUGAGUGAAGCCUAUUGAAUUAAAAUAAAAACUGAUUCAAGGUAAUGAGGACAAUGAUUGAUGAACUUUGAAAAAAACAAGAAAGGUAGAUGACGUUCAGAGUAAGAUGGUACCACAGGAUUCCAGUGAGAUGUCAUAAUUUGAACUCCUCAACCCGUAAAACUCUAACAUCAAUAUUCAUAUUCUCUUCACUGUUCUCUUUACGUUUCCUGUGGUGCUGGAUAAGGAUCAUUUUACUGAUAACCAGGAGCUUCUUGCAUUGGUGAUCAAUUCUUUAAUCCUCAUGACCUUUAUGUUUGAUUGAAGGAUGAUACUGGUGCUGGAUAAGGAUCAUUUUACUGAUAACCAAGAGCUUCUUGCAUUGGUGAUCAAUUCUUUAAUCCUCAUGACCUUUAUGUUUGAUUGAAGGAUGAUACUGGUGCUGGAUAAGGAUCAUUUUACUGAUAACCAAGAGCUUCUUGCAUUGGUGAUCAAUUCUUUAAUCCUCAUGACCUUUAUGUUUGAUUGAAGGAUGAUACUGGUGCUGGAUAAGGAUCAUUUUACUGAUAACCAAGAGCUUCUUGCAUUGGUGAUCAAUUCUUUAAUCCUCAUGACCUUUAUGUUUGAUUGAAGGAUGAUACUGGUGCUGGAUAAGGAUCAUUUUACUGAUAACCAAGAGCUUCUUGCAUUGGUGAUCAAUUCUUUAAUCCUCAUGACCUUUAUGUUUGAUUGAAGGGUGAUAUUGUAAGAAGAAAUUAGAAGCUAGUCACUCUUAGGGGAUUAAAAGGGUUAAAUUCUUAACUCUUCUUUACAUAUCUCAUUGUUCAACUUCGCAUGUUUCGCUCUUUUAAGGAGGCUCUGUACCACAGCUGUGAGCAUGGAUUCCUUGAAAUCGCAAUGGAGUUAAGAAGUUUGGGUAAGAAUGAAUGAUGCAUUACCUCUAAGAGUGUAUUUCGUCUGAGCAUCAUAAAAGCAAAGAAAACAAGCAAAAAAAUUUAUCUCAAAGGCCAAGGAGGUCGUGUAAUACAAAGUUAAGAUAAUGAAAAUAUGAAUUUAGGAGUGGACAUUCCACGAGGUGGCUCUUCUUGUCCACUGUUUCCAGGUCAAGUUGAUUUUGGGAAUGUUAAAAUUUUUUGGAGGGUGGGAAACCGGAGGACCUGGAGAAAAAAUCCACAGGGUGAGGACGAGAACCGACAACAAACUCAACUCACAUGUGACGCUAGUUCCAGGCCACAGCCUUGGGAGGUGAGCUCUCUCACCACUGAACCAUUCCCGCUCCCCUAUCUCAAACGCACAAAAUGCGAUUGGCUAAGUCUAAACCGAUUUUAGAUUGUAUCUGAUUGGUUAUAAGGAAGGCGCGAGUUUACAGACCAAUCACAGAGCGUAGAAUUGCAAAAUCUGUGCAAUGCUUAAUCACUUUGGAGAGCCAAUAGACAACCGCGCACCUGUUGCAUACAGACUACAAAGUCACUACACACACAUAUAUAUAUAUAUAUCUAUAUAUCGCAAAAUCCACCUACUUUCUCCAUUUGUCUUGCUCAGGUGUGCCAUGGAACAUCCAUUGUUGGAGUCAAACUGUAGGUCACGCGUACAAACGAGGACAAAAGGCAUUCCUCAAAUGUUUGUUGCGUGACUUUCAAUCAAUGCCGACUAGUGAGUACACAAGUGACUUCUGUGAGGACGGACUUGUCAUCCUGUUCAAUAUUUUCAAGGAAUGUGAGGUAACAUAAACAUUCAAUCAGUGAUCGGGAGAACUUAGUGCCUUGUGGAAAAAAAAAUAGGUAUAUUGUUAUGCGUCUUGAAGAAAAUAGACAGUCCUUACGUUCUGGUAGUGUUUGUUAUGGUUACGACUUCAAAGGUAGACGUAACACGCGGUUUUAAUUGGUUUUACUGUGAUAAAUUUAGGACCUUGCUCUGUCGAAGGAGCUUGCAUCGGUGCUGUCGUGUUGUUUUGGCCGUCAACCUCUAAAGAAGAUCGAGAUACUUCCCAUAACACAGACGUCAAUCAGAAUCGGUGAGCAACACAUUCACUUAGAUGGUCUUUAGAGCACGUUUUUGCUGGCGACCAGGCCCUCGUUAUUUGUUCUUUGGCCUGAGUGUUUCUUCGACCGCGGGAAAUUAUGAAGCCUUGAGUAACACGAGUCAGUGAGGGGUCUGGCACUGUUAGUGGAAGACUCCCCGCAAACUCUCCCCGACUCUUCUCAAAUCUACCCGUGGACGGAGAAACGCGUGUCCCGUAGCCCCAAUAAUGAGGGUCUGUCGCAUGCUAAGCGCGUUUAGAUUCAGUCUCCUUGAAACAAAACCGUGUCCGAUCAGAUCAGAGGGAAUUGUGAAAAGACUCAGUGAGAACUCAAGACAAUGCAAUCCUGGAUUUAUUUCAUCACUCAUGGGAGACUUGCUCUGUAAGCACCUCAGCUUUAUAAUUCGUUUAGUUACGGAAGAAUUCUGAUAUACUGGAAAAAAAACGAUGUCAUUCAAUGAUUGACACCGGCAGACUGGGAAAAAAAAUUCCGAGUGCCUCUAAUAGUGCUUCCAAGGGCUUCUGAGGGCUUCCAAUAAGAAGCUACGGCCGUUCGGUCUUUGGACGCUCUACCAUUAUAGGAGUCAUAUGAGACUCGUGGUAGGCAAGGCCGUUUAACUAAGUUUGAAUUGAUACAGGUUUGUUUACUUGAUAUGUUUUACAUUUCUCUGACAGGCCCAGAUUACAUUAACAGCCCUGAGAUGUCUGACAUCACGUUUGUUGUUGAAGGGCGACCGUUUUACGCUCAUAAAAUCAUCCUGGCCACCGCCUCAAAGAAGUUUAAGGUCUGUUAUACGAGUGCGCUUUUGUCACAGUUUUAGUGUAUUAUCCAACUGAGAGAAGACAAGAAUAUUAAAAUUAACUAGCUAGAGGGUUUUGACUUGAAAUAGCGUCAAAUUCUCCUGGGAGUGGGGGGUGCGGCAAGGCAAGCAGUCUCCACCUACCCCUCCCUCUCUCCUACCCCAACCCCUUUUCGCUCUCUUUCUUUUCGCUUUCCUCUUCGCCCCCUCCUCAACCAGAGAACCUGUUCAAAAACUGCGCUUACCUCAUUUACCAGGAAAUUCAAAGCAGUUAUAGGAGGUAAAAUUAUGAAUCCGAUCCUGGGAGUUGAAGGGUUAAGAUAUAAUUGAGAUAUAUCUACAAGAUAGUUAAGAUAUAUCGGCAUUUACGUGUCUUUUGUUUCUCUAACUGGAUUGUCUUCCACUUUAAAGGCGAUGCUGUCAAACAAGGCUAUCGAGCCGAACGAUGGGAGCACCCCCUGUAUUGAAAUAACUGACAUAAAAUAUGAAAUAUUUAUGGUAAGGAUUAUGAUUGAAGUAACAUUUGCGUUUAUGGACGCUGCUUGCUCUACACGAUAGUCAUCACAGAUUUUAUGUCGCCGUCGUUUUAAGGGUAGAAAGCGCUAUCCGCUGGACGAGUGUUUAUCCAUUGGAUAUAGCACAGUGCGUCUUGUUAACACUUAUUCUACGGGUAAAGACUCAUCCAGUGAGUGGAUAGCGUUAUCCGCCCUGUAAACAUUCAGGCCCACAUCAGUGUACUAUUGUAUGGAUCGGGGUGGUUAUUCUUUCGUGUGCUGUGGGAAGACACUAAGCUCUCCAUCCUCUCACGACCAGCCAAAGUGAACGGCGAUCCUUCGAAGGGAAACUUGACGACAUUAUUUUUGGUUGGUUUAGGUUUCUUGUCGUUGUUUCCCUUUUUAUUCUGCCCGGGGGAAGAGGAGAUAGUAUGGCCUACCACAUGGAGGAGGCAGCUUUACACCUAUUUAAUAUAUAUUAAUGAGGGGGUGAUAAUGAUAACAUCUUUACUUUCUUAGCUUGUGAUUCAGUUUUUAUACAGCGGAACGGUGGACGAUCCUGUGCAUCAAAAUAAAAUUCUGGAGGUUUGUGAUUGAUUUUUUUUUCGUGCAUUUGGGAGAUCUGUAGUUUGUUCACUUCUUAACUUGCUUUUCCGUCUUGGUUUCCCACAUAGUUGUUACAGGCUUCGCAGUACUUCAUGUUGGACUCAUUAAAACGUCAUUGUGAGCGUCUUGCUGCGAAACACCUUGACUGUGAAAACGUUGUCGACACAUACGUUUUCGCAAAUGUGAGUAAAUCGUUGAUCUUCCUUUUAUUUUAAGUUUGAUUUUUCGUUCAUCCAUUCAUUUCUGCUUACAGUUGCGUCAACCACAACCCGGGAGUCCAAAGGGCGCCAUUUCUCAAAUUCAGAUUUCAACCCACCCCACCAGUAUUUGACACUUGAAACGUAGGGCAAUUUUUAAUUGAGUCUCUAAAGAAAUCACACCCCCCUCUCAGUCAAUCAGAUGCAAAUCCAAAAUCCGACGCGACUUGGUCAUCCGGUUAUCCCCGCGCUUCAUGAAGUUUGCUUUUGUUUUAUACUUUUAGUUCUCAUAAAUUAAUCAUAUUUUCUUUGCUCUGAUUACCCUUUGUUAUGACCUUGGCUUUAAUUUUGCGACGCCGAAUAGAAAAGCACUCGAAGGCAAAAUUAAGAUUGUGAGGAAACGGGAAGGAUUCAAACACCCUAUAUUGAAGGAAAAAUAAAAUUUCAAAAGAAUUACCGUAAACGUGUGGUAAAUAUGACCUCUGUGCCUCCCUGACGGAAGGGUCGCGACUUAAAAAUUUUAAUUUUAAUUAGAACUCUCAGGAAUUAUCAUAAAUAGGGAACGCUCUAUUAAUGAUAUAUUGCCGAUGGUUUGAUGGGACUUCUUGCUGUAACUUUUCAGUUGUGUGAGGCAAAAGAGCUGCUCAGCUAUUGCGCAGGUUUCAUUUUGAAAAACCUGGCAGCCAUGAUGGAAGUCAAGAAUUUUAGGGACACUUUGUUUAACAACAAUAGCAAUGAGGUAACUGCGAUGUGAAAUGAAGGAAGGCUGGAGACUGGUCACUAGCCUGCUUACUGUGUGUUAUCGUGUGUGUUACAAUCACAUAUUGUUUUAUUCUAGUAUUAGGACGGAUGAGCGUGUAGACUGUUUUCUUUUUAGCCGAGAGGGGAUAUAGAUAAUGAUUCUCGUUUUGUAACCUUCUUAACAUCAAUUUGAUCUUAACUAUGUUGGUCCUUCUUGUGGCUUGGUUUUAAAUCUUGCUUUUUCUUCAUAGCUUUUACAAGCCCUGAAGUCUUGUUUGAUUGAAAGAAUCAAAGCUAACAGUACAGCGAAACCACCCGGAAGGUCACCCGUCCAGUUUUGAAUUGCUUUUGAAGGUGGGCUGAUUGAGUUUGUAUACCUGCACACACAGGCUGACCAACACCCGUGUUUUGAAGACGCGCCAUUGAAAGAGAACACAGAGGGACCUGGAGACACUCUUAUGAUAGUGAACAUUUUUGCAACGUCAUGCUUAUUCAUGUGCGCGCUAACGAGCGUCAUUUGUCCAUAGAGGGGGGGUGGAGAGUGAAAAGUUUCAGUGAAAAGAAUAAUCCGUCAUGAAACGAAUCUCAAACCACCCAGUGGAUCAAUACCUAGGAAGAGUGAAUGUGCAUACACGUAUGUAUACUGACAAUAGAACCCAACUAAUACGAACCUGAGAAGGACAUUAUACUUUAUUUAAUUUUUUUUUUCAAAAAAAAACUGGCAAAACUAUGUGGUGUU